CGACCUCAGUUGCUCACUUGCGCCCUUACUCGUAUUCAAUGCCCUUCAUCUCUCGCGGACCCGAGAUGCUCAAUAUAGCCCAUGCAAUUCUCAACAGUCCCAAUCCUUCGGACACGAGCAAUCUUUCAGGCACCUUUUAUUUAAGUUUGCCUUUGCCAUGUUUCUUUUCCGCCUCACCAUUCAUAGGCCACAUUUCCCAUAAUCAAUCACGGCUUGAGCUCCCUACACCUCAAUCGUUCCACAUAGGCAAAAGAUAAUCUGCCAUCCAAUCAAUACUACGAUCUAUCGCGUCCUCAAUCGCAACUUCAACUCGCCAUGGCAGUUGAAGAGAAAUCACCGCCGGUCAGAGCUUCGCAGGAGGGGUCGAGGCCACCAUCUUUAGCAAAAGAGGCGAUUGUCCAGGCUGCCAAACCAGAAGAACACCAAUACCCAUCCAUGGCCAAAACAUGGAUCAUCAUGAUCUCACUGUAUAUCGCAAUGUUCCUCAUUGCUCUGGAUAAAACCAUUCUCGCUACAGCGGUUCCGAGAAUAACUGACGAGUUCCAUUCGCUCAAGGACAUAAGCUGGUAUGUGUCGGCGUAUAUGCUCACCCUCUGCGCUUUCCAACUCAUUUGGGGUCGCAUCUACACCCUCUUCCCUGUGAAGAUGGUAUUCAUUGGCACGAUCCUCGUCUUUGAAGUUGGCUCGGUGGUGUGCGGUGCCGCUUCGUCAUCUACUGUUUUCAUUGUUGGAAGAGCUAUUGCUGGCUUGGGUGGCGCAGGCAUGAUGAAUGGGGCCAUUGUCGUUCUUAUGAGUGCAGUCCCUCUCGAGAAGCGUCCCAUCUUCCAGGGCCUCAUCGGCGCAGUCUUCGGAAUCGCAAGCGUCGUCGGGCCCUUGCUUGGAGGUGUCUUCACCGAAAAGGUUACCUGGCGAUGGUGCUUUUACAUCAAUCUGCCCUGUGGCGCCGUAGCGAUCGCCAUUCUCAUCUUCUUCCUCCACCUCCCUCCCAAACCCAACCCGACCACGCCAGCGGCCCCGAAGACGCUCAUCGAGAAUAUCAAGCAGUUCGACCCCAUUGGCUCCAUCCUCUUUCUCCCUUCAAUCAUCUGCCUCCUACUUGCACUUCAAUGGGGUGGCACUAAAUAUAACUGGUCUAAUUGGCGCAUCAUCCUCCUCCUUACCCUCUUCGCUAUCCUUUUCAUCCUUUUCCUGGUGGUUCAAAUCCUCAACCCGCAACACGCCACCAUCCCGACCCGCAUUCUCGUCAACCGCACCAUCGCGUGUGCUUUCUUCUUUACAUUCAUCUCUAUGGCCUCUAUGCAGGUCAUGGUGUACUACAUUCCAAUCUUCUUCCAAGCCCUCAAGGGCUUUUCGCCCAUCUCUUCUGGCCUCGCAACCCUAGCUAUCAUUCUCCCUCUCGUCAUUGGAACCAUCCUCGCAGGCGGGCUUGUCCAACGCCUAGGCUACCCGGCUCCUUUCAUGAUCAUCUCCUGCAUCAUCUGGACCACCGGCGCCGGUCUCGUAACCACGUGGCCAAUCGACGUCAAAUCUUCCAUGUGGAUCGGAUAUCAGUUCCUCAUCGGUUUCGGCAUCGGUCUCGGAAUGCAGCAGCCCAACCUCAUCGCACAGAUCGUGCUCAAAGACAGGAGAGACGCGACCAUGGGUGUCAGUCUGAUGAUGUUCGGCCAGAAUCUCGGCGGCGCCGUCUUCAUCGCCGUCGCUCAGAGCGUCUUCACCGACUCGCUUGCCGGGAAAUUGUCCGCCAUCCCUGGGUUGAACCUCACGAGGCAGGACGUCGUCAGCAUGGGGGCGACUCACAUCAGAGAUGUGGUACCGAAGGACCUAUUGCCGACUGUGUUGAUCGCGUACAGGGCGGCCAUCAGGAACGCAUUCUAUGUGGGGGUGAGUCUUGCGGCUAUCAGCAUCUUAGGUGCUUUAGGUGUCGAGUGGGUUAGCGUGAAGAAACCCAAAUCUGACGCUGAACCUGCUGCGAAAGAGGGAGGGAAGGAAGAGAGAAAAUUGGGUGAAGAGGAAAAGGAGACUGUUUGAUUGGAGAUAAUUUAUUUUGUGCAUGCAUAGCUCUAGGUGGAUAGUUCUCACAUUGUUUUCAUUUUGUACAUACAUGGCCUUAUGGGUUGCCAACGGCGUACAUGGAUACCCCUCUCAGUUUUACUUUUCUCCGAAAGGGGUCAUGAAGCCCGCAUGUCAUCGUUUAAUCAUAUUACAAAAAUAGAGAUAAUCAUGCAUUUCAAGUUUAAUUCAUUGUAGUAUAUACUGGAAUUAUGCAUAUUAGGACCUAAUUCGAUGACGAAAAUUAGGAAGAACGAAUUAAAAUUU